ACCUAUGCGAAGAGCCUAGUUUGACACGAUAUUAGCAAAUUUUAUGGGCAUGGUUAUGCCAAGCGCUCUUAUCAUUUUAUAUUUGGUCUUAUCAGUAAAGAGGGCGUAGGUGUACCGCCUUAUCAGUUUUUCCAGCAAAGCAAUGAAGCAUAAAUAACGCUGUGGUCAAAAUUGUAAGCACUUAGUAGCAAAACGCACUCCAAAUAAAAUAUUCUCUGAAUGCAAUACAAAAACAAAAUGAAGAGCGAUAAAUAUUUACCCCCAGAGGCACCAGCAUAUGGGUUCCCGUCUGCACCAUCAGAGACACCACAGGACUGCCAACCUCCUGGCUAUUCUCAGCAGGAAUAUCAUAGGUACGGUUACUCCCAAGCCACCCAAAACGUAUUCCCCCAGAGAACGCAACCCCAACAGGUAUAUACCCAGCACCCACAUCCACCACCGCUGCAAAGCUUUGGCCCGCUACCUCCACACACCUAUGGUCUGCCCAAGCCGCCACAACCACCAGCGCAGAGCAUAGUUCAAGUGCGACCCAGUGGCUGUUUCAACCGCGAUAAAACCAAUAGGCCGCAAAUGAAUGUCUUAAGUGCAGCUACGCUCAUCUUCAUCUCGGGCGGUAUGAACAUUGCGUGGAGCAUUGGAUUCCGCAGGACUGUUUACUUGUAUCUAACAACGCAUCUGCGCAUAGCUUGGUUCAUUGGUGCCAUUAUCGGAGCGGCAAUAAGCGGAUUUGUUCCCAAGAUGGUCCCAAAGAGGGCGAUCACGCUAUUUUGCUCGAUGCUGGUGCUUAUAAGCGGUAUAUUGAAUGCCAGCACCCAUCAAAAUAUGGAUGCUCUGACGGCUGCUCUGUAUUUAAAUGGCAUUGCCAAUGGAUUGGUAUUGGCUCCAACACUGGCGCUUGCCGGGGAGUUGGCAGGUAGCGCAGGUAGCUCUCACAGCUAUUGGGAAACGAUGUGGUCUUUUAUCCCAUUUGGCGCCUGUCGUCUGUUGGGUAGCUUCAUAGCCUGCUUUUGGAUGGACUCGAUCGGACGCAAGAAGUCAACUCUUCUUGGGCUCGUCGCAUGCGGGGGCCUGGCAUUUGGAAUAGCCAGUCAAUUCCAUCACCCGAUCUACAAUGGUGUUACAAUUAUGCUAGAUAUAUUUCAGUUAUUUGCUGGCGUGGCUUUUGCGGCCUCCUCUGCAUACCUGGCCGAGGCGUAUCCAUUAAUUGUUAAGCAGCACUUUAUUAGUGUUACCUUCAUUGUCGAGCUGCUUGUGUUUAUUAUCAUAUCCACUUGUGACAUCACUAACGAGUUCUUUUACGUUAUCGGCGGCAUCUACACGGCCGUCUUUAUAAUGGCUAUGUGGUGCCUGCCUGAGACACAAAGAACUACACUACGCGAGUCACAAAAGAAGUUCAGAGGCUGCUGCUAAUAUACGCCACAAAAAAUGCAAUAAUAUAAAUACAAUAAAAAUAAAUAUAUAUGCGUAGUACUAUUUUAAGUUUAUAUCGCGAACGGACUGUAAUUUUGUUAAAGUAUUGAUUUAAUGCACAUCUAUAAAUGUGUCUUCCACUUAUAUCAUGUAGCCAUUGGAAAUGUAUAAAUAGGAACAAUAAAUAAACAGAAAAUUAAAAAGAAAAACAA